UGUCUGUUUUAGCUCAGCUGAUCGCACACAUGAUUGUGUCGAUGUUAAAAGGAAGUAUGAUUACUAUAAAAAUAUAUAUUUGAUGAUAAGAACACAGAUAGUUCCGCUUGAAAAUAUUUGAAAGACGUCAGAUGACAUGGUCAGUGUGAGUGGUGCUCGGGAACAGAAAGCCAGACAAGCAGGGAACGCAAUAUAUGGCAGUGUCCACAACCAAAGCAUGACCUCCAGAGUGGUAGACGAUAACGACACUUAUGUCUACGGACCCGAGCGAAUCUCAACUCACCCCUACUCUCACUGCUCCACCAUUUCAUCUGUCCGCAGAACCUUCUGUCUCCUGGCUCUCUUUGAUCUGUGUUUCUGCUUUAUAUUAUGGGUCAUCUAUACUCAGCUUACAGGUUCAGAAACUGUUUGGGAGGCAUUUGAACAGCAGGUUGCUAAUUAUGGAUUUAAAACAUCACUGUUUGACACAGUUAUGGUAGCGGCACUUCGAUUUGUUUUGAUUGAGCUGGGCUACGCAUUGUUUAGACUAAAUCAUUGGUGGCUUAUUGCAAUAUCCACAUCAUUAACUUGUAUAUUUUUGAUUGCCAAAGUAUUUUUAUUUGAGUUCAGCCAUGCUGGUAAACCUGAGAACCCUCUGAGUUAUAUUCUUUUAUUAGCAUCAUUUAUCAUUACGUGGAUUGAGACAUGGUUCCUGGAUUUUAAAGUCCUGCCAACAGAGAAAAAGAUACUACUUAAAGGAACACACGGUCAGCCAAAUGAGAGGACAAGUUUACUGCGGAAUGCAGAGGAAGGGAAUAGUGUGCCAGACGAUGACAAAGAUACACGAUACUACUCACCUGCAGGUACUGAAGCUUGUUUAUGAUAUAUCCAUGAUUCGGU